GAGUGGAGUUAUUUUGAGUGGCAGAUGAAGUAGAGUUAGAAAAUUUAGCAACUGCACAACCACUUUAUCGGCCAAAGCAGAAACGUAAGAUGUGAUUUUGGAUUAUGAUCGUUAGAAAUGGCGAGGGACGGUUACGUUGUCCCGCCCGACUCUCAGGUUGUUGCCUCCUCCGCCGCCGUCAAGAAAAAGACGCAGUCGCCCAGGAGUUGGAUUCUUCUCGAUGCUUCCGGUCAGGGUACUAUUCUCGACGCCGAUAAACACGCCAUCAUGCAUCGCGUCCAGAUUCAUGCUCGUGAUUUAAGGAUUCUGGAUCCCUUGCUUUCUUAUCCUUCUGCUAUUCUUGGUCGCGAAGGCGCUAUUGUUUUGAAUUUAGAGCAUAUCAAAGCGAUUAUUACUUCUGAAGAGGUUCUGCUUCGUGAUCCACUUGAUGAAAAUGUUAUUCCUGUUGUUGAGGAGCUUCAAAGGCGCUUACCUCCCUCAAAUCUCAUUCUCCCUGGCCAGCAUCAAAAUGAUGAAGCUGGUGAAGAGGAUGAAUCUCCAUUUGAAUUUCGGGCACUGGAAGUAGCUUUGGAAGCCAUCUGUAGUUUUCUAGCUGCACGUACAACAGAAUUAGAGACCGCUGCCUAUCCUGCUUUAGAUGAGCUUACCUCGAAAAUUAGCAGCCGGAACUUGGAUAGAGUUCGUAAACUGAAGAGUGCAAUGACAAGGUUGACUGCUCGGGUUCAGAAAGUAAGAGAUGAACUCGAGCAGCUUUUGGAUGAUGAUGAUGACAUGGCUGAUCUUUACUUGUCAAGAAAGUUGGCGGGCGCAUCUCCAGUUAGUGGAUCAGGUUGUGCUAAUUGGUUUUCUGCCUCCCCUACCAUAGGUUCAAAAAUUUCAAGGGCAAGUAGAGCAAGUAUUGCAACAAUUCGUGGAGAUGAGAAUGAUGUCGAGGAGCUCGAGAUGUUAUUAGAGGCCUACUUUAUGCAAAUUGACGGCACAUUGAACAAAUUGACAACGUUGCGUGAAUAUAUUGAUGACACAGAAGAUUACAUUAAUAUUCAGCUUGACAAUCAUCGAAAUCAGCUAAUUCAGCUAGAGCUCUUUCUGAGCUCAGGAACUGUCUGUUUAUCCAUCUAUUCUUUGGUGGCUGGAAUAUUUGGCAUGAAUAUUCCAUAUACAUGGAAUGACAAUCACGGAUACAUGUUUAAAUGGGUGGUUAUUUUGGCAGGAUUACUUUGUGCAGCUAUAUUCAUACUAGUUAUGUCCUAUGCUCGCUACAAAGGCCUCGUUGGAUCGUAAAUUUUACCUCCUUGUUCCUCCGAGGGAAAGAAUACUUGGAUUCUUGAUGUGAAGGUAUUCAUUUGUGUCUUUCAGGCUGCCUUUCGAUAACUGUGAUGUUAUGUCUCUCAUGCUUUGACAUAAAAAAAUUCAGGAUUCUAUUGGAUCUGCUCUUAUAGUUGGUGAAAGCCUGAUUAAUCGCAUCAGACACCAAUACUGAUAAUUGUAAAACAAUACAAACAGAGAAUUUUUUUUCCUAUUUCCCUUAGUUCCGAUUCAUAAUUUUUUCUUGUUUUUAUUCUGACAGACAUCUUCUUGUUUGGGCACAAGGGUGAUGUUUUUUCUGUAACCAUUGCCAUGUUCUGGUAACAGCCAUGGUUGUUUUGAAAACAAACAGAAACAUAUAUGUAAUUCAAAAAGAAAAUAUAUAUCCAAAUUUUUGAGAUUUUUCUUUCA